AAGAACAUGUCCAAAUCGACUUGCCAUGGUUCCAUAUAAUCCUAAUAAUGCAUUAAUACCAUACCAACAAAAUAAUGCAUUGAUUCCAUAUCAACAAAAUAAUGCAUUAAUACCAUUUACUCCUCAAACAUCAAUAAUGAAUAAAUGGAAAGUUCCAUGGAUGUCAGAUAUGGUAAUGAUUAGAAAACGUCCAACGAAAGGAAAAUUAUGUCAACAUUGUGGUGCAAUGGGACAUAGAAAUCGAAAUUGUCCUAUUAGAGCAGCUAAUGUAGCUGUUAGAAAUUUAAAUAAUAUAAAAAAAUCUGUGAAAAAAUAUUUUGAUAAUCCAACAUUAAAUAUAAGAUCAUGUUACUGUUGUGGUGAAAUUGGUCAUAACAGAAGAAGUUGUCCAAUAAAUAGAGCUAAUAGAGGUUAUUGUAUUUUUCGUGAGCAUAGAAAAACUAUUAAAAAAGGUAUAAAUGAAUUUAGAAAAUAUUAUGGAAUAAAUAGAAAACUAUUUGUUAAUAUACCAUAUCAACAACAAUAUAUGAAUAUACCACAACAAUCAUUUAUUUUUUAUAAUCAAAAUAUUCCUAAAAUACCAAAAAUACCAAGAAGACUUAGAAUUCCAAAUUAUAUUGCUGCAUGUGGAUGUUGUGGUAACGAAAACCAUAAUCGUUAUGAUCCUCAAUGUCCAUUUCAAAAUGGAUUAAUACAACCAUGUUUAAAUCCUAGAUUAAUAAAAUCAAUUAGAGAAUUAAGAUUAUGGUAUGUUGAAAAUAAUAGACCAAUACCACCAAAUAUUGGAAUUGGAUUACAACCACCAAGACCAAAUCAACCACCUCCU